GGGGGCACCCGGAGACGGAGGGGGCUCGUUAAAGGACGGGCGUGACCCAGGUCGCGAGGGCCUGGCCCGCUCCGCUCGCGUCCGCCUGGGCUGCGGGUCCUCCUAGGGCCGAAAGGCCGCUCGGGCCGUCAGUCUCCCGCCUGGAGACGGUCGAGAAGUGCCUUAAGGGCGCGUCCGCGGGGUCUUUACAUAUUGUGUGCCCUCCUCUUCAAAAGCCUCCGUAGCAGCCUUCGUGAAUUACUUUUCCAGAAGGAAGAGAAUUUCCUCCGUUUGAGUCAGGUUGACUCCGGCCCCGAGCAGCUCACAGAUCCGGAGAAACCGGCGCUUUUUGGAGGUCUUCUUUCUAAGAACCCGAUCUGCCUUCAUAAAGAAAAGAUAUAGGCAGCAAGGAUGGUGGCUGACUAUCUGAUAAAUUGUAAUCAGGACCCAGUGACCUUUGAUGAUGUGGCUGUGGACUUCAGUCGAGAAGAGUGGGUUUUAUUGGAUCAAACUCAGAGAAACCUAUACAGAGAUGUGAUGCUGGAGAAUUACAAGAACCUGGCCUUAGUUGGAUACCAGCUGUUCAAACCCAGCCUGAUCUCUUGGCUGGAGGAAGAAAAAGAGUUGAGGACAGUGCAGAAGAGAGUUCUCCAAGAAUGGCAACUUAAAAACAAAGGGUCAGCACUUCGGCAGGAUAUUAUUCGGUUAAAAACAACAAAUGGGAUACAAUUGGCAGGAAGCCACCAUGGAGGGGAACUCUAUGACUGUAAGCAAUGUGGAGAAACCGCCAGUGAACACUCAUGCCUUAAGACACACACGAGAACUCAAAAUACAAGGAAUACUUGUGACUGUAACCAGUAUGGAAAAGACUUUCCUAAUCUGCACAAGAAAACCUCUGUGGGAGAAAAACUUUCCAUGUUGAAUCACUGUGAAAAAACCUUUAGCCUUACUCCAGAUGUUGUUUCCCAGAGCACGUACAUGCCUGACAAAUCCUUUGAAUGCAGUGACUUUGGGAAAGCGUUCCUUAACAAGUCACACCUUCAGGCACAUAGGACAACUCAAAGUGGGGAAAAACUAUACAAAUGGAAGCAAUGUGGGAGGGCUUUUUCACACACCACAAGCCAUUCUGUGCCUGCUCUAAUAAGUACUGUAAAAAAGCCCUAUGAAUGUAAGGAAUGUGGGAAAGUCUUUAGAUAUUCCUCACACCUAAAUAAUCACGUGCGAACCCACACUGGGGAGAAACCCUAUGAAUGUCAGGAAUGUGGGAAGUCCUUCACUAUUUCUUCAAGCCUAACUGAACAUAUAAGAAUCCAUACUGGAGAGAAACCCUAUGAAUGUAAGGAAUGUGGAAGAGCAUUCACUCGGUGCUCAGGCCUUUCUAAACAUGUACGAACACACACUGGAGAUAAACCCUUUGAGUGUAAGAAAUGUGGAAAAGCCUUUAUUGACCACUCAAAUCUUACUAAACAUGUACAAACACACAUGGGAGAGAAGCCCUAUGAAUAUAAGGAACGUGGGAAUGCUUUCACUGAGCACUCAAAUCUUACUAAACGUGUGCAAACAUAUGCUAGAGAGAAGCCCUAUGAAUGUAAGGAAUGCGGGAAAGCCUGCACUACGUUUUAUCUACUAACUGUACAUCUAAAAACUCACACAUGGGAGCCUUUUGAAUGUAAGGUGUGCAGAAAAUCUUUUAAAUAUUCAUCGUACCUUAAUAAUCACUUUCUAAUUCACACUGGAAUAAAACCAUAUAAAUGUAAGGACUGUGGGAAAGCCUUCCUUUUUUCCUCAACUCUACGUACUCAUGUAAGGAUUCACACUGGAGAGAAACCCUAUGAAUGUAAGGAAUGUGGGAAAGCCUUCUCAUUUUCUUCAAACCUAACUAUACACGUAAGAACUCACACUGGAGAGAAACCCUAUGCGUGUGAGGAAUGUGGGAAGUCCUUCACUCAGUCCUCAGGUCUUGCUAAACAUGCACGAACUCACAGUGGUGAGAAGCCCUAUGAAUGUAAAGAAUGUGGAAAAACCUUUACUACAAACUUUGGUCUUAUUGAGCAUAUAAGAACUCACACUGGAGAGAAGCCCUUUGAGUGUAAGAUGUGUGGGAAAGCAUUUACAUAUUUUUCAAACCUUUCUGUACAUCAGAGAACUCACACUGGACAGAAGCCCUUAGAGUGUGAGAUAUGUGGGAAAGUAUUUACACAGUUCUCAAGUCUUAAUAAUCACAUACAAACUCACAGUAUUCAAAAACCAUAGGUAUGUAAAGAAUGUGGGACGUCCUUUAUAACACAUUCCUUAAUAUUCCCAUGUGGUCCUGCACUGGAGAAAAACUAUAUGAGUGGAAACAAUGUGCCUAAGCCUUCACUUAUUCCAGUUCACUUCAAGUACAGGAAAGAAGUUACACUGGAGAGAAACCACACCUGUGUUACAAACAUGCAGCCUCCAGGUAUUCCUAUGAAGUCCUAUGAACAUAGAAAAUGUAGAAAAUCCCUUAGUUGUCCCAGUUCACUUCAAAUACAUCAAUGAACUCAUACUAGAGAGAAAUCCUAUGAAAGUCAGGAAUGUGGGAACACCCUCGCUAAAUAUUUCAGGUGUUUAUGGACAAGUAAGUUAUUUACAAUGGUGAAAUCCCUGUUAGUAAGGAAUGUGGAGAAGACUACUGGAUCCUCAAGACUUCCUUUAUUCAUCAUAACUCACUAGAGUGAAUGUAAAGAAAAUGAGAAGACCUUCCUUCAUUCCACAAACAUUAUAUGUCUCUGUGAACUCACAGUCAAGAGAGACCUCUGACUUAAAUGGCAUUGCCUGGAUGAUGUCCCCCCUGAAUUUUCACUUUGAACACCUAACCCCUAGUACCACAAAAUGUAACCCUGUUUGUACAGAAGGUUUUUAAAGGGGCAGUUGAAUUAUGCAUGGAAAGCUGUUAUUAUUUCAGGUGUUGCUAAAUAAGUAACAUCUUGCAGUACAGAGAAACCCUAUUAAUGAAA